GCGGAGGUUUCAACGCAGAAGUUGGAAUGAGCCGGAGUCUACAAAAACCUGCUGAAGUGAUCCCCUGACGCGCUGCAGCUGCCGUGCACCGCAGGGAGCUGUGUGAGGUGUGCAGUGAGAGGAAUGUGAAUCUCAGAUGGCGGAGCAGCCCGCAGAACAGCCCCAGAGAGGGCUCGGGGGAGUCUAGCCGCUCCUGCCCAGCCGCCCCGCACCAUGGAGCCCCCUGCAUACAGCUGCUUUGUGGACCGGGAGAAGAUGGAAGCGGCCGUGCAGGACCUGGGGCCGCGGGAGCUGAGCUGCCUGGAGCUGCAGGAGCUGAAGCAGCUGGCGCGCCAGGGCUACUGGGCGCACAGCUACGGCCUGCGAGGCCGCGUGUACCAGCGCCUCAUCCGGGAUAUCCCCUGCCGCACCGUCACGCCCGAUGCCAGCGUGUACAGCGACAUCGUGGGCAAGAUCGUGGGCCAGCACAGCGCCGGCAGCCUGCCCCUGCCCGAGUUCGUGGACAACACGCAGGUGCCCAGCUACUGCCUGAACGCGCAGGGCGAGGGUGCCGUCCGCAAGAUCCUGCUGUGCAUCGCCAACCAGUUCCCCGACAUCUCCUUCUGCCCCGCGCUGCCUGCCGUGGUGGCACUGCUGCUGCACUACAGCGCCGAUGAGGCCCAGUGCUUCGAGAUGGCCUGCCGCAUCCUGGCUUGCAACGACCCGGGCCGCCGGCUCAUCGACCAGAGCUUCCUGGCCUUCGAGUCCUCCUGCAUGACCUUCGGGGACCUGGUGAAUAAGUACUGCCAGGCAGCGCACAAGCUGAUGGUGGCCGUGUCCGAGGACGUGCUGCAGGUGUACGCCGACUGGCAGCGCUGGCUCUUCGGGGAGCUGCCACUCGGCUACUUCGCCCGUGUCUUCGACGUGUUCCUGGUGGAGGGCUACAAGGUCCUGUACCGCGUGGCCCUUGCCCUCCUCAAGUUCUUCCACAAGGUGCAAUCGGGCCAGCCCCCGGGGCCGGACAACGUGCGGCAGGACAUCCGUGCCUUCGUCAGGGACAUUGCCAGGACCGUGUCCCCCGAGAAGCUGCUGGAGAAGGCCUUCGCCAUCCGCCUCUUCUCAAGGAAGGAGAUCCAGCUGCUGCAGAUGGCCAACGAGAAGGCGCUCAAGCAGAAGGGCAUCACCGUCAAGCAGAAGAGUGUCUCGCUUUCUAGAAGGCAGUUCGUGCAUUUGGCCGUCCAUGCGGACAACUUCCACUCAGAGAUCGUCAGCGUGAAAGAGAUGAGGGACAUCUGGUCGUGGGUCCCUGAGCGCUUUGCUCUGUGCCAGCCUCUGCUGCUCUUCUCCUCUCUGCAACACGGCUAUAGCCUGGCCAGGUUCUACUUCCAGUGCGAAGGGCACGAACCCACUGUGCUGCUCGUCAAGACCACGCAGAAGGAGGUGUGUGGCGCUUACCUGUCCACAGACUGGGGGGAGCGCAACAAGUUUGGGGGCAAGCUUGGCUUCUUCGGCACAGGCGAGUGCUUCGUGUUCAGGCUGCAGCCCGAGGUCCAGCGCUACGAGUGGGUGGUCAUUAAGCACCCGGAGCUGACCCGGCCCGUGGCCCUGGAGGCCUGCGCUGACCCUGCCCCGCUGCAGCCCUCGGGGUCCACCGACCUCAGCGAGCGCCUCUCGCCCUUCCUGGCCGCUCGCCACUUCAACCUGCCCUCCAAGACCGAGUCCAUGUUCAUGGCCGGGGACAGCCAGUGCCUCAUCAUUGGAGGCGGCGGUGGCCAGGCCCUCUACAUUGAUGGGGACCUGAACCGCGGCCGCACCGGACACUGCGACACCUUCAACAAUCAGCCGCUCUGCACCGAGAACUUCCUCGUGGCCGCCGUGGAGGCCUGGGGCUUCCAGGACCCUGACACACAGUGACCGGGACCCCUCCUGAGGGAGAGGAAGUGGGGGACCGCCAUGUGCGUAGGCAUUCAGGACAGUGAGGGUCGUGUUGGCAGGCAGGGGGACCUCAGGACCGGCCCCCUGCUUGGCUGCGCCCCUGAGCCUGGCCCAGGGUGGAGUGGACCAAGCCCUGGCGCGCUCACUGCGCCCCCUGCUGGUGCCCGGUGGCGGCAGCUCCAACCCCAGGGAAAGGGUCCCCAGACUGGAGGGGGCCAGAGGACACGGGACACCCCCUUUCUUUCUUUUGCACCUGUGCCUCUGGCUCAGGGACCCCGGCGGAAGCUCGUGACGGGCUUGAUCCCCUGAACCCCCUGCCACUGCCUGUCACACCCGCCCCCCAGCAUGGAGGGGAGCUGGGCAGUCACUGCCAGGAGCCCUGCCCCCACCCAGCGAGCCCAGCAGGACAGCCCAGCAGCCCGGUGGACUUGGACACGCCAGCGAGCCCGUCUGGGACUUGGUUUUCCCAGCUGUGAACUAGGACCAGUCACCCUGCCCCACUAUUCCCUGCGACUGUUGAGAGGCCCGAGGGGCCGGGCCCGGAGGCAGCAGGGCUGCCCCGAGCCCACUGCCCUCCCCUGCCCUGCGCUCAGUGUCAUUAAACAGUCUGAUCACCUGG